GAAAGCAAGAUGGUUCACCAGCAGCUGUACUGGAGCCAUCCAAAAAAAUUUGGUCAUGGUUCUCGCUCUUGCCGCAUCUGCUCAAGCCGGCACAGUACGAUCCAGAAAUAUGGCCUCAAUAUGUGCUGCCAGUGUUUCCUCCAGUACAUGAAGGACAUCAGCUUCAUUAAGUUGGACUAA